AUGAUGGUAAUGAUGAUGGUGAUGGUGCUGCUGCUGUUACUGCUGUCUGAGACGACCCCAGUGUCCCUGCAUGCUGUGGAUCUGCACAGGACGCCCCCAGUGUCCCUGCAUGCUGUGGAUCUGCACAGGACGCCCCCAGUGUCCCCGCGUGCUGUGGAUCUGCACAGGACGCCCCCAGUGUCCCCGCGUGCUGUGGACCUGCACAGGACACCCUCAGUGUCCCCGUGUGCCGUGGAUCUGCACAGGACGCCCCCAGUGUCCCUGCAUGCUGUGGAUCUGCACAGGACGCCCCCAGUGUCCCCGCGUGCCCUGGACCUGCACAGGAUGCCCCCAGUGUCCCCGCGUGCUGUGGAUCUGCACAGGACGCCCCCAGUGUCCCUGCAUGCUGUGGAUCUGCACAGGACGCCCCCAGUGUCCCUGCAUGCUGUGGACCUGCACAGGACGCCCCCAGUGUACCCGCGUGCUGUGGAUCUGCAUAGGACACCCUCAGUGUCCCUGCAUGCUGUGGAUCUGCACAGGACGCCCCCAGUGUCCCCACGUGCUGUGGACCUGCACAGGACGCCCCCAGUGUCCCCGCGUGCUGUGGACCUGCACAGGACGCCCCCAGUGUCCCCGCGUGCUGUAGAUCUGCACAGGACGCCCCCAGUGUCCCCGCGUGCUGUGGACCUGCACGGGACGCCCCCAGUGUUCCUGCAUGCUGUGGACCUGCACAGGACGCCCCCAGUGUCCCCACAUGCUGUGGAUCUGCACAGGACGCCCCUAGUGUCCCCGUGUGCCGUGGAUCUGCACAGGAUGCCCCCAGUGUUCCUGCAUGCUGUGGACCUGCACAGGAUGCCCCCAGUGUCCCCGCGUGCUGUGGAUCUGCACAGGAAACCCUCAGUGUCCCUGCAUGCGGUGGAUCUGCACAGGACGCCCCCAGUGUCCCCGGGUGCUGUGGAUCUGCACAGGACGCCCCCAGUGUCCCCGGGUGCUGUGGAUCUGCACAGGACGCCCCCAGUGUCCCUGCGUGCUGUAGACCUGCACAGGACGCCCCCAGUGACCCUGCGUGCCCUAGACCUGCACAGGAUGCCCCCAGUGACCCCGCGUGCCCUGGACCCGCACAGGAUGCCCCCAGUGACCCCGCGUGCCCGGGACCUGCACAGGACGCCCCCAGUGUCCCCGCAUGCUGUGGACCUGCACAGGAUGCCCCCAGUGUCCCCGCAUGCUGUGGAUCCGCACAGGACGCCCCCAAUGUCCCUGCAUGCUGUGGAUCUGCACAGGACGCCCCCAGUGUCCCUGCAUGCUGUGGACCUGCACAGGACGCCCCCAGUGUCCCUGCAUGCUGUGGAUCUGCACAGGACGCCCCCAGUGUCCCCGCGUGCGGUGGAUCUGCAUAGGACACCCCCAGUGUCCCUGCAUGCUGUGGAUCUGCACAGGACGCCCCCAGUGUCCCCGCGUGCCGUGGAUCUGCACAGGAUGCCCCCAGUGUCCCCGCGUGCUGUGGAUCUGCAUAGGACACCCCCAGUGUACCUGCAUGCUGUGGAUCUGCACAAGACGCCCCCAGUGUCCCCGCAUGCUGUGGACCUGCACAGGACACCCUCAGUGUCCCCGUGUGCCGUGGAUCUGCACAGGAUGCCCCCAGUGUCCCUGCGUGCUGUGGAUCUGCACAGGACGCCCCCAGUGUCCCCGCAGGCUGUGGAUCUGCAUAGGAUGCCCCCAGUGUCCCUGCAUGCUGUGGACCUGCACGGGAUGCCCCCAGUGUCCCUGCAUGCUGUGGAUCUGCACAGGACGCCCCCAGUGUCCCCGCAUGCUGUGGACCUGCACGGGAUGCCCCCAGUGUCCCCGCGUGCUGUGGACCUGCACGGGAUGCCCCCAGUGUCCCCGCGUGCUGUGGAUCUGCAUAGGACGCCCCCAGUGUCCCUGCAUGCUGUGGACCUGCACGGGAUGCCCCAGUGUCCCCGCAUGCUGAUGCCCCCAGUGUCCCCGCGUGCUGUGGAUCUGCACAGGACACCCUCAGUGUCCCCGUGUGCCGUGGAUCUGCACAGGAUGCCCCCAGUGUCCCCGUGUGCUGUGGAUCUGCACAGGACGCCCCCAGUGUCCCUGAGUGCUGUGGAUCUGCACAGGACGCCCCCAGUGUCCCUGAGUGCUGUGGAUCUGCACAGGACGCCCCCAGUGUCCCUGCAUGCUGUGGAUCUGCACAGGACGCCCCCAGUGUCCCCGCGUGCUGUGGAUCUGCAUAGGACACCCCCAGUGUCCCUGCAUGCUGUGGAUCUGCACAGGACGCCCCCAGUGUCCCCGCAUGCUGUGGACCUGCACAGGACACCCUCAGUGUCCCCGUGUGCCGUGGAUCUGCACAGGAUGCCCCCAGUGUCCCCGCGUGCUGUGGAUCUGCACAGGACGCCCCCAGUGUCCCCGCAUGCUGUGGAUCUGCACGGGACGCCCGCAGUGUCUCUGCGUGCUGUGGAUCUGCAUGGGACGUCCCCAGUGUCCCCGCAUGCUGUGGAUCUGCACAGGUUGCCCCCAGGGUCCCUGCGUGCUGUGGAUCUGCAUAGAACGCCCCCAGUGUCCCUGAGUGCUGUGGAUCUGCAGGGACGCCCCCAGUGUCCCUGCAUGCUGUGGAUCUGCACGGGAUGCCCCCAGUGUCCCUGA